AUGUCACUGCCAGGCUUGGAGCUCUCGCAGCCCACCAUCGAAUCCCAGAGAGCUCCUGCAGCACCUGUACAGCAUACCCUUUCUCAAGGCUCAGAAUGGAGAUUUGAAGUUGCGUAUGGGAACUCAGUUAGAGUCAAGCUAUUAUCAGGCACUGCAGAGCUGUUUGGAACAGAACUAGCUACGUCGCAAACGUAUACCUUUUCAGGGACUAAGGCUGCCAUAUACACCUGGCAUGGAUGUACAUUGGAAGUGACAGAAGGAGAUCCAGUUGCUAUAGGAGUCAUUGGGAGUGCCCCUGUUCCCGCUGGAUCAGGCAGUGGGGGAUGUCAAGUGGAAUAUACCGCCGAAGAAACGCCAAUGGUAGACUAUGCGAACGUACACUUCGCACUGGAAACACUACGAGAUGAGGCAAAGGCCAACGGUCGAGGCGGGCCCCGUGUGCUAAUUCUAGGGCCGGAGGAUGCCGGCAAAACGAGCCUGGCAAAGAUAUUGACGGGUUACGCAACGAAGAUGGGACGUCAGCCAUUUGUGGUCAACCUUGAUCCGUCAGAGGGGAUGUUGAGUGUGCCCGGUACAUUGACAGCAACGGCUUUCCGGACACUUAUUGAUGUUGAGCAAGGUUGGGGAAGUAGUCCAUUGUCUGGGCCAACGCCCAUACCGGUUAAACUCCCACUAGUGUACUUCUAUGGCUUACAGAGCCCUCUCAGUGGUGGGGAGGAACUUUACAAGUCUAUUGUCUCGAGACUCGCUCUGACAGUAGCGGGCCGGCUAGCUGAAGAUGAGGAAGCAAAGGAAGCUGGAAUCAUUGUUGAUACCCCCGGAGAAAUCAGCCAAGGGAAAGGUGGCGGUGAAGAUAUCAUCAAUCAUAUAGUUACAGAAUUCUCGAUUUCGACGAUUCUCGUUCUUGGGUCGGAACGUCUUUAUAGUACGAUGGUCAAGAACUAUGAUGGGAAGCCGAUUUCUACAACCUCUACAAUGCCCGUAUCAGACGAGAAGAUAUCCGUAGUCAAACUCUCCAAAUCAGGGGGUUGCGUUGAUCGUGAUGAAUCGUUUAUGAAAUCUACUCGUGAAUCUCAAGUUCGAUCAUAUUUCUUCGGAACAUCCGCUCCAUCAACUGCAUCUUCAGCUCUUUCAUCUACUGCUCCUGGCUCAGUCAUAUCUCUCUCCCCUCACGGUCAACAUGUUGAUUUCGACAAUCUAUCUAUCUACAACAUUACUAUUAACAGUGAUGAAUACGAUGGCAUGAAGCAUAUAACUAAUUCUACAAGCGAGUUCUCAUUUCUUCCAGGUGGCAGCAAUGAUGACGGAGAGGACGACGCGCCUGCGUCGGCUGCUGCUUUAGGGCCUGGUCCGUCAUCAUCAGGCCUCCCUUCCCAACAGAUACCCCUUAAGAAGCUGGUCGCCACACCUGAUUACCCUGUUCCACAAGCGCUGGAGAAUACAUUGUUGGCAAUCACUCAUGCUCCUCCAAAUGCGCCUUUGAAUGAAAUCCGGGAUGCUAGCAUUAUGGGGUUCCUCUACGUUGCCGGUGUAGAUUCAAAGAAAGGGAAGCUUCGACUAUUAUCUCCAGUAGCUGGGAGAGUACCCGCGAGAGCCAUAAUAUGGGGAAAUAAAUGGCCUGGAGAAAUCCUCGGAUUGGUUGGAUAA